AUGAUUGAUAACAAAGAGUUGGCAGAGGAGAGGGACGUUGGGAAUCAUCACCAAACUGACCAGGCAGCAUCUUCGUCAGUGAAAACUAAGAAUGACAGUAACAGGAAACAGAAGAAUGUCUCUGAGCAGAAGGGACAAGAAAAGGAGAAGAAACCAAGAGCAGAAGCUCUGAGCAGCCAGUGGGAGGAAGCUCAGCGAAAGGACCAGCCCCCUGCUUUAAAAGAGAAGAGGAGACAGCCGAGGUCCAAGGAGAAGCCGUUGCAAGAAAACGUCAUAAGCAGAAGCUCUCUAAAGCAAGAGGAGGCUGCUGAGAAUGAAAUCUCCAGCCAAAAGGUGGAAGAAAAAUCCGGAGCUCCAGAGGAGGAGAAGGCCAAGCACAGACAGGUGGAGUCUGAAUCCAUCCCAACCAAAAUUCCAGCUUCAGGGCAAGAGAGCACUCCCAGAGUCCUUGAGACAGCUGCCGAGGGUCUGGAUUGUAACGACCAGGAAGUUUCUCAUCCGAGGGAGCAGGAGGGUGAAGAGGGCCAGCCCAGGGAGGGGAGCGCUGAAAGGUUUGCACGCUCUAGGCUUGUAUUGGUUCCAAGACACCAGGAAACAAAACCCAAUGGGGUUGGUGGUGAAAACGCAGCGUUCUCUGGAGAUCUGGAUGGUUCAGCGGAGGAAGUGGACAUUACAGCCAAAGGCAGCAUGAAAGGGGAAACCACUGAGCGGGAGCCAGGUUCAUUCAUCCCUGAGGGGCACAGAGAAGAGAAACAAGUCAAAGACCGGAAAAGAAAAAGGGAAGAGGAAAAGGAGAGAGGGAGCAGGGAGCAGAAGGAAAUGGAAGUGAGGAAGAAAGAGAUCAAAGAGAAGGGGAAACGUGAACUAAAGGAAAGUAAAGGGGGCGUGAGUAAGAAAGAGGAACCUAAAAAGGAAAGGGAAGGAAAGGACCAGGAGAAGCGAGACGGUGCAGAGCCCAGCAAAGCCAAGGGGGAGAAGGGAUUCACUGAAGCCAUCUCCGGGAAAGGCGAAGGGCUGGAGGAGAUGGGAACGCAAGAGGGUCGCCCUAGGUUGAAAAGAGCAAAGGAGCCAGAGCAGAUGGAGAGUGGGGAUGAUGCAGACGGAUUGGAUGGGGGGGCUGGUGAUCAAAGCGAAAAGGAAAAGCAAGGGAGUGAGACAGCAGGGGUGGCAGAGAACAGGGCCAAUACAGGAGAGGGUGAAAUACAGACGGAGAGAGGAAAGAACAGAACAGAAGACAGAGAAAGGGCAGAGGGAGAAGAGAAGCCUGCCCAAUGGCUAGCAAGAACAGCAGAGGCUGAGGAGAAAAGGGAAGAUAAAGACACAGAGGGAGAGAAAAAGAAUGUCAAAGCAAAUAAGGAAGUGAAGGCAGAAAAGAACCAGAAAGAGAGAGGGCAGGAAAAGAGGGAAGAAAAGAUAAAGGAAGCGAAAAACAAGAGGGAAAAAAGGGAAGAAGAAAAGAACAAAGAGAGUGAAGAAAAGACGGGAAGGAAAAAAACGCAGAAGGAUAAAAGGAUGGAAGAUGAGCAAGAAAUGGAAAGGGCAGAAGAUGGGGCGAUAGAAGAACAAGAGGGAAGGGAUGAGAGAGAGAAUGAGAAAAGGGAUGAUGUGGAGGAAGAAAGGAAAAGAAACAAGAGAAUGAAGGAAGAGGAGGAGGAUGAGCAAGAGGGAGAAGGAUGGGAAAGGAAUGGAAGAAUGGGAGGUGAACAGGAAAUGGAGGAAAAGGAAAAGGAAGAUGAGAUGGAGAAAGAUGAAACUAGGGAAACAAAGGAGAAACAAGGAAAGGAGAUGAACCAGGCCAAGAAAAAAAACAAGGAGAGAAAAGCAAAGGAUGAAAAUAAACGCACAGAAGAGAAGGGAAGAAAGAGCAAAGAGAAAUCCAAGGAGGUGGAGAAUGAGGGGAGGUCAAGGAAAAGGAAAAGCAAAGAGGAAGGAGACAAGAAGAAAAACAAGAAAUUAAAGAAGGAGGAAGAUGAGAAGGAAAAGAAGAAAGAGGAAAACAAGUGGAAGUGGUGGGAAGAGGAGAAGACAGAGGAUGGGGUGAAAUGGAAACAGCUGGAGCACAAAGGCCCCUACUUCGCCCCUCUCUACGAGCCACUCCCUGACGAUGUCAAGUUCUAUUACGACGGCAAACCCAUGAAGCUGAAUGUGGCUACAGAGGAAAUUGCCACCUUCUAUGCAAAAAUGCUAGAUCAUGAAUAUACAACCAAGGAGAUUUUCCAGAACAACUUCUUCCAUGACUGGAGAAAGGAAAUGACCUCGGAGGAGCGGAAGAAGAUAAAGCAUCUGGAGAAGUGUGACUUCAAAGAGAUGCACAAGUACUUUGUGGAUAAAAACGAGGCCCGGAAAGCUUUGCCCAAAGAGGAGAAACAGAAACUGAAGGAGGAGGCAGAUAAGAUCCAGGAGGAGUAUGGGUACUGCAUCCUCGACGGGCAUCGGGAGAAAAUAGGUAACUUCAAAACCGAGCCCCCGGGGCUGUUCCGUGGGCGCGGGGACCACCCUAAAAUGGGCAUGCUGAAGAAGAGGAUCAUGCCAGAGGACGUCAUCAUAAACUGUAGCAAGGACUCUAAAACACCCGAGCCUCCAUCGGGUCACAAGUGGAAGGAAGUGCGCUGUGACAACACCGUCACGUGGCUGGCUUCGUGGACCGAAAACAUCCAGAACUCGAUUAAGUACAUCAUGCUGAACCCGAGUUCCAAGCUAAAGGGGGAGAAGGACUGGCAGAAAUAUGAAGUAGCCAGACGUUUAAAAGAUGUAGUUGACAAGAUCCGCUCUCAAUACCGUGCAGACUGGAAAUCCAGGGAGAUGAAGAAACGGCAAAGAUCCGUGGCCCUUUACUUCAUUGACAAGCUGGCCCUGAGAGCCGGUAACGAGAAGGAAGAAGGGGAGACUGCAGACACGGUUGGCUGCUGCUCCCUGCGUGUUGAGCACAUUAAGCUGCACCCAGAGCUGGAUGGGCAGGAGCACGUUGUGGAGUUUGACUUCCUGGGGAAAGACUCGAUCCGGUAUUACAACAAAGUGCCUGUGGAGAAACCGGUGUUCAAGAACUUGCAGUUAUUCAUGGAGAACAAAGACCCAGGGGAUGACCUCUUUGACAGGCUGAAUACAACAGUCUUGAACAAACACCUUCAGGAUUUGAUGGACGGGCUGACAGCCAAGGUGUUCAGAACUUACAACGCCUCCAUCACUCUGCAGGAGCAGCUGAAAGCGCUCACCAAUGCUGAGGACAACGUGGCGGCGAAACUCCUUUCCUACAACCGAGCCAACCGAGCAGUGGCCAUUCUGUGUAACCAUCAGAGAGCCACGCCCAAGAGCUUUGAGAAGUCGAUGCAGAACCUCCAGGCUAAGAUUGACGCCAAGAAAGAACAGCUGGCCGAGGCGCAGAUGGAGUUGAAGAGAGCCAAGGCUGAUCUCAAAGCCAAAAAGGAUGUGAAAUCUAAAGCUGCCGUGGAGAAGAAAAAGAAGCUGCUGGAGAAGAUCCAAGAACAGCUGCUGAAGCUGAAUGUUCAAGCCACAGACAAAGAGGAAAAUAAGCAGAUCGCUCUGGGCACGUCCAAGCUGAACUAUCUGGAUCCCAGGAUUAGUGUGGCCUGGUGUAAGAAGUUUGGAGUGCCCAUCGAGAAGAUUUACAAUAAGACCCAGAGGGAGAAGUUUGCGUGGGCAAUUGACAUGGCUGAUGAAGACUUUGAGUUCUGAGAAUGGGGCUUCCCACUGAGAAACGGAACCCAUGUUACCUCUUGCUCUUCUGGUAGCUUCGGAAGUUUUUAUGUAUUGGGGAAAAUACGUGUAAUGGAAGAAUUUGAUAUGUGCACAUAAUGCCUUUUUUGUGUAAAAAGAACACCCCGAGUUUAAAUCAGGAGCACAGGUCCCACUCCCAGGGGUACUAAUCCUGACCACAGUGGCCUUAAAUAUGAACUUUCAGUUCCUUCUCUCUGCUGCCAAGUGCUUCAUGUCUCCUUCCCUCUUCGGUUCUGCGAUGACAGUGGUUAGGUGCAAGUUUUAAGUAUGUAAUAUAAAGCUAGAUUAGAUUAUCUAAUCUCAUCUCCAUUCUCUGUGUCAGGCUGUCUCUACCCGAGAAUUAGCUUGACGAGAAACACUAAGGAAUGAUACUGCUGGAGCCAAGCAACUGGAAACACUGAAACAUGACUGAAGGGGUGUAGCAGGAGUCCUGGGUACACUGCGAGAAGGGAUAGUCUACAGAUUUCUAAACCUGUAUGAGCAUGAGUAAGAAUUACAGGAUAUUUUGUUUUCUCUAGUCUUUGGGAGGGGCAACUGGUUCGGAGACGCGCACACAAUCACGGUGAUCUGUAGGAAACAUUUGGUUUACGGAGGGAGAUUGAAACCCAAAGUGAAAAUCAUGUUGAUUUGAGCAAAUUCUGCUCGAAUGCAAGGUCUCUGUAUAACCUUGGUGUAGCAGGACCGUUCUCUGGCCCUGCUCCAAAGCCCACUGAUGUCAAUAGAAGUUUUUCCGUUGACUUCAGUGGGCUUGGGAUCAAGCUGCAGGUAUCUUUAGACUCCACAUCAGUUGAUGCAAAUCCAUUCAUUUUCAUAGUGUGGAAAUGUGUCAGGUCCAUGGCAGGGGUUGGAAAUGUUAGACAGGGGACAUGUAGAAGCAAGAUUAAGUAGCAUGCGACUUCACUGACUGAGUCCAUGUUUCUCACUGAUCUGGCAACGUAGGGCAGCAAGCUGCCCUCAGCACAAACGGAUGGGGAUCUACUGUAGGAAAAGUACAGUAAAAUGAAGAUGUUUGCCAUAUCACUUUGGAUCACUCGUUUUGAUACAAAGCACAAAGUUUUGUACGGAUCUUGCAAGCAAUAAGCCUAAAAAUACUUUUGUCAGGAAAUCUUUGUAUGCACACUAAGGGUUAAAUUGGCUCCAGGAUUAACCCUUCUGUCAUUCAGUGGAUAAAGUCCCUGUCACUGCGGUCUGGAGGUACUUUUCUGCGUGUCAAUUUUGAAACCGUUGCUCAUGUGUUAACUUAUUUAAGUUCUCGUUUCUGUUUGAAGUUAGGUGCUUGAAACAUUUCAUUAAAAACUGAAA